GUUAUUAGCAUUUUGUUUAUAAGUUUCAUCUUAUCGUGGAUUUAUUAUUGCAUAUUCUCAUAUUCGAGUUGUUGCUUCGUUUCAGGUUAGGUCCAUGUCCACGUGUUUAAUUGGUAUUCAAAGUUCUCAGAAAUAGAUAGAGAAAGAGAGAGUUCGAAGAAUUGUAAUUAAUCGCUUUCACGGUAACAUGUAUAACCCGUGCAUGCGUAUAAUCCAAUUAUGUGUAAUCAUUCUUUGGGUGAACCGGAAAUGUUCUAUUUUUGGCUUGGAUAAACCUCAGACUUACAUUAGACGCAGCAAGCGACUAACUUGCAAACUCACGUCUGUCUUUCUCUGUGUCAUUCGGUUCUUAAGCGAUAGAAGAAUAUGUCCACGGAACUGUCGCUAUUUCUCUUCUUUGUUUAGAAAUCCCGCGGAGAUGUCGCACACGUGCCGCGGCACAAUAUCCUUGCACGGGGCCUUAAUACACACCGUGGACGCUUGCACAUUCGUUGUGAGCAACGGUGGUACGCAAACCUUCCAUAUCAAGGCAGCGACAGAGGUAGAACGUCAGCAAUGGGUCACGGCCCUUGAGUUGGCGAAGGCCAAGGCUAUCCAGGCCAUGGAAUCUGAAGAAGAGGAGGAGGAAUUUCAAGAUAAUGACAGUCAAAAACCAGAACAAGUCUCUGUAAAGGAUCUAUCGCAGCGUUUAGAAAAUUUACAAGCAUGUAAUGAUUUAUUAGUAAAAAAAGGGACAAUGCUUCAGCGAAUCUUAAACGAGCUUGAAGCGUUGGAGCCUCCAUCGGCCGAAUUAGGGACAAAAAUAAAGACAGUCAGUGAACGAGCCACACUCUUUCGCAUCGCAGCCAGUGCUAUGGUUAAUGCAAGCAAUGAAUAUUUGCAAUUAGCGCAGCAACAAGAACCAAAAUGGAAAAAGAUGCUGCAACAUGAGCGCGAUCAGAAAGUACGAAUAGAAAAAAUGGUAGAGCAAUUGGCUAGGCAACAUUCUCAUUUGGAAGAGGCUGCACAACAUGCCUUACCUUCGGCAGUUCCAACAGGAGGACACAGAGCUUCGCAUACAACAGUUACAACUUCUCCAUCAGAAGACGAAGAAGAUAAUGCAGAAUUUUAUGAUGCACAAGAAUCUGAUACUUUUACCUUAAGUAUACCUGGUGUUCCAACAAAUAAUUCAAGAGAUCGAACUGAUUCGCAAGGUAGUGACGAUGGCUCUAGUUCAGAAGGAGAUCAGACACCUUUACCUUUGUCAGAGACAGCUACUACAAAUUCUUUUCGCAUUGUGACCGAUUCUACAGUGGUAACUCCAGUCACUGCUCCUAACACUGACAAUCUGGAUAAUACAAAUUGGGAAUCCAAUAAUGGCUGCAGUGGCAGCACCGGGGUAACAGGUUAUAGGCGAAAACGUAGAACUAGGGUACCUGAAAAACCAAAUUAUCCAUUAAAUUUAUGGAGUAUUAUGAAAAAUUGCAUUGGUAAAGAUUUGUCAAAAAUUCCAAUGCCUGUUAAUUUUUCUGAACCACUUAGUAUGCUUCAGCGGCUUACAGAAGAUUAUGAAUAUGCAGAUAUUCUUGACAGGGCAGCAGAAUGUAAAGAUAUCUGUGAACAAAUGGCUUAUGUUGCUGCAUUUACUAUAUCUAGUUAUUCUACAACUGCUUCCAGAACUGGCAAACCUUUUAAUCCUUUAUUAGGUGAAACAUACGAAUGUGAUCGUGUUGAAGACUUAGGAUGGCGUGCGAUUUCAGAACAAGUAUCUCAUCAUCCUCCAAUGUUAGCGCAACAUUGCGAGGGCCGAAACUGGCGUUGUUGGCAAGAAUUUACUAUGGCAUCUAAAUUUCGUGGGAAAUACCUCCAGGUAAUACCAUUAGGAACUGCUCACCUUGAAAUUGAUGGUACACACCAUUAUACAUGGCGAAAAGUUACUACCACUGUACACAAUAUUAUAGUAGGAAAAUUAUGGGUUGAUCAAAGUGGUGAUACAGAUAUUGUAAAUCAUAAACAAGGUAUCAAGUGCCAUUUGAAGUACACGCCCUAUUCAUACUUUUCGAGAGAUAGUCAGCGUAAAGUAAAAGGAAUAGUCAUGAAUUCAGACAAUGAAGUUAAAUGGGUAGUACAAGGUACGUGGGAUUCAAAAAUAGAAAUCGCUCCCGUGAUUAGUACAUCUGGCACACCAGAUAAUCCAGUAUACAAAACAGGGCCUUAUAUACUUGCCUGGAAACGUCGUAUGCCUUGUGAAGAUAGUGAAAAGUAUUACAAUUUUACCGAAUUAGCAUGUCAACUUAAUGAAGUUGAAGAAGGCGUAGCUCCUACAGAUUCCCGAUUUAGGCCUGAUCAACGAUUAAUGGAAAAUGGUGAAUGGGACAAAGCGAAUGCAGAAAAACUUCGAUUAGAAGAAAAACAAAGAGCUUCUCGACGUGCACGGGAACACGAAGCUGAAAAAGCAGCCGCUCAAGGUUUACCAUAUGAAACUUAUGAACCUUUAUGGUUUAAGAAAGAGCAGGAUCCAUAUACGGACAGUCUGUGCUAUGUAUACAAUGGUGAAUAUUGGGAAUGUAAGAGUAAAGGUGAUUGGUCACGAUGUCCAAACAUAUUUUAGCUUAAUAUAUAAUUAUAUCAAUAUUGUGACCGUCAAUAUACAAUGCAGAAGUGUUUGGAUUUAUUUUAAGUGAAGAUAGUUGAUUUUAGAAAUCACUGCUUCUAAAAAAAUGCUGACACGAUAUGACAUGAUAUAGUGGGAUUGUUAGGGGACAUGAUUUAAUCAUUAUUUCUUCCAAAGAACUGGUCGAAGUGGUAGAAGAUGGCAUUCUAAUUUAAAACUAGCGUUUUUAUAGUAUGUCAUUAUCUCCAUUCUCCUACAUAUCCUUUAUCUGUUUAUAUUACCGCUGCAUCCCUCUUUUAUUCACUUUUCUAAACAAUCAAAAACAUUUGCGUAUUUAAUCCACAUGGCCCAAUUAAUGCUUUGCAUACAAUAUUUGUACAGAUUCAAAAAUUUUCUGUAUUUUUUAUUGUUUUUAUUAAGGUAAAUGUGCCGUGAUAUUUUCACUAAAAAUUUAAAUACGAUUAAUAAGUAAAUUUAUUAAAAUUUUGUGAAUUCAGUUCAUAACUGGAAUAGCAUAUAUAAUAAGAUAAAUAAUUUUUAACACAAGAACAUUAAUACAUUACAAAUUAAAAUCAUAAUGGGAAUUUAAGUUAAAUAUGAAAACUUACUUAAUGCAACUACAGUAUUCGUAAUUUGUUUCAAACAAAUUUAGAUAUAUUUAAAUAUUUUUAUUUUUAGAAAUGGAACUGAAUUUAUAAGUUCCAACAUAACAGCAACUUCGAAAAAUUGCCAUAAUUUUCUGAUAUUUGAUUAUUAUAUAUACAUCGCGAAAAGUACUUACAUAGACUAUAAAAUGUAUUUUUGAUGCUUGACGCGAUGCUAAAAAUAUCUAAAAAAAAAAUUGAAAAAAACUUUUAGUAGUAUUGCUGAGUAAAUUAUAAAAAAAUAUUCGCGUUGUAUGUGACUAAAGCCUUAUUGAAUUAUUUAAAAUAGAUAUUGAUAGGUAAUACAUUUUUACAUAUUGGUUAUUUACACGUAUGGUGCGGCCAGACUGUUCAUCGACUGCCACGUCUUAACCUUUGCACAAAAAAUGGGAUAAGAAGCGGCAUUCGUUUAUGUUAAUACGACAAUCUGCAACCGCUAUGAAAGAAAUGUUCCUGCAGAUAAAAUAUUCAUAACAACGAGAGAAUUCAGUAUGUUGAGAUUUCAUCUCAAUGAUUCAUGCAAAAAUGGUAGUUUUAUUAGUAACAUGCGACAAAAUAAGAAAGAAGCAGAUAAUAUAAAUGGAUAUGCUUCCAAAUUUCUGCAAUUUUCCGUGCAGACGUAGAGAGACUCUUGAAUGUUCCACAAAAUAUUGACUGGUUAUCUAACCAGCCUAAUUACUAUACACUCCGUCGAGCUAAUGUUACAAAACAUAAUCAAUAUUAUUACGGAAAGAGUGUAAGGAGAAUUUAAAAUCAUAUUGAAGGGCUUAUAAAUUGUAGUAAAUUCUUUUCUUUUAUAAUUUUUUUAAAUAAUGCUUCAACUCAGAACAUUAACAUUCGUUAAAGCCGAAAUCCUUUUCCCCAAUUACAUUAUGUAGACACGCACACAUUCAUACACAGGUACAAACCGCGCGAAUGUUGCGUAUGUACGUACGUACAUACGUAUGUAUGUAUGUAUGUAUGUUGUAUGUAUGCGUGCUUGUAUGUAUGUGUGUGUGUGUGUAUGUAUGUAUGUAUGUAUGCAUGCAUGCCCGUAUGUACAUAUGAUAAUUAAUAAAACCCAUUGUAUAUCCUUCUUAUGAGCACAUCAUACAGUUGUUCCGUUCAUAGUAUUUGUAUAUUGACAACUACAUAUUUCAGUCUGUAUAGGGCGAUAUUAAACGGAACAUCUAGCUUGCAACCAAUGUUUACAAUGAUUGUUAUAAUUAAGUAUUUGGCUGUAUUAUAAUUUUAAUAGUUGAUUAUAAUCGGAUAUAUCUGUAUACAUAUAUAUAAAUACAAAUUAACUAUAAAAUAAAUAAUUUAAAGAAAAUACAAUAAGACGGAUAGAACAGAUGUUUGAAUUAAGUAGUGCUUGUACAUUAGCUAUUCGUGUGGAACGAUAAAUACAAUAUGCUUCGCUACAAAAUCGAAAAUAUCUUCGUAGCAUUCACAUAAUUGCCGUUUGGCAUUUCCUAUGUAACACCCGUUGGUCGCACAAAUGGUGCAAUUAUUUAUACGAUAAAUAACCGUAGUAUUUUGUUCCAUUAAAGAAAUUGUAUUGAUUUAUUGUAACAAUUAAAAACAAUCUUGAACGGGUAAUAUUUA